AGGUUUUAAUUAUGAAAAUAGUCAAAAUCUUGAAGUAUGUCAACAUUAUGAGAAAAAGUAUCUUAUAUUUUUGACAAUAAUUACAAAUAUUCUCUUGAUAUUACAUUAAUUGUGAUUUAAUACAUAUAUUUUUCAACUCAAUAAUACGAAAUUUAAUAUUUGUUCCACUGAUGGUAGAUCCGGCUAAAGCUAAAUCUGCAAAGCUAGCAAACGAUAGCAUAAAACCGGAUGUUGUCACUUUACUUUCAAAAUAAAUGUAGACAUAAUUGCGACAAACUAUUUUCCUGUGUACAAUAUAUAUUACCAUAUGCAUAAAUAAUACUGCUUAUCAGUAUCAUAAUUUCAUGGGGAUAAAUAAAUUGAUGAUAAAUAACUGAACGACUAAAAAUAAUGGUAGAUUUAUUUAUUUUUUUACUAAUUUGAUAAAACAAAAUAAACCUAGAAACCUGUUGUUGCAUUAGAUAUAGUUUUUAUAUAUUCAUUUAUCAUUUUUACUUAACCAAUUUGAGUGUUAGUCAGUCACAAAAAAAUACACUUUGACGAACAAAACAAACUUAUUUGACGCUAUAACCGAUUUUUUGAAAUGACGCCGUUUCAUGUGUCGUAACGUGUCUAACGGUCGGUUUCAUCAUGGCCCAGGUUGAUAGAAAUUGUCCAGUCUUUUUGUAACAAUAUGUGCUCCUGCACACCCACCAGCAGCUCCCAUCAGCCGGUGGAGGAUGUUGCCUCGGAGGCAGAUAUGAUGUAAUCUAAAAGCUUCAGUCCCAACAGGAGGGAGAGGGUGAAGAGCCAGAGCCGGAGAACAACCGACACGACACGGAUGAAUAUCUCACCUCCAUCUGAGCUGGUUCUGGUAAACGGUUCCGUGUCGCUGGAGGAGUCAUGAAGAUGAUGUUUGAAGAAGAAGAAGAGGAGGCUGGAUGCGGACGGGCAGUAGGAGAUGAUGCUGCUGGUGAACUUGACUCCCACUUCCACAUCAGCCGUAAUUAAACCGCCAUGCCUCAGGAGUCCUCUCCCGCAGCCGCUCCGACAUCCUCCGGGUAAAAAAAGAAAAAAUGUGUGUCCGCUCUCCGUCUCCAUCGUCGACAUCGGUCCGCCCUAGCUGUCGCCUUUUUCGGCCCGUUGAUGACAGGAGGGGCGCCUGCUUCAGACUCCAACACUUGUUAUAGGCCCCUUUAUGUCCGUUGUGCAUCAUGUUUAUCACCUCUAACGUGACAUUUUGAGCUGUUGUGGUUGCUUUUUAUAUUUGUCAAACAGCAUCGAUUGCCCCCUUACAACGGGUGUUUUUGGACCGCGUCCACUGCUGCACCUCGCUUUGCCCUGCAGGGAUCUGAGUUUCAUGCAUGCCCAACCUCACAUGCCAUAGUGGCUGUGGGACUAUAAGCUUCACUUGUCCUGUUUCUUUCGGGACGCUUUUCUCCAGCCUCCAUGCAGUAGUUUCCCCUGAGCAGCUUCCACCACCACCCCUCCAGCAGACAGACGUCCGUCCGCUGCUGCUGCUGCUGCUGCUGCUGUCCACCGUGUGGCCCUGUGACUUCAGAGGGGUGUGGAGGUCCUGACAAUCGUGAAACGUGAGGGACGUUUGCCUUUCCAGCUCAGGUUUAAACCAUGGCCAAUGAACCUGUCAUCCUUAACGUCUAUGAUAUGUACUGGAUAAAUGAAUACACUUCCAAUCUGGGUAUUGGAGUCUUCCACUCAGGCAUUGAGAUAUAUGGCAGAGAAUUUGCAUACGGGGGUCAUCCGUACCCUUUCAGUGGCAUCUUUGAGAUCACUCCGGGCAACGCCGCUGAACUGGGAGAGACAUUCAAGUUUAAGGAGGCCAUCGCUUUGGGCACCACCGACUUCACAGAGGAGGACAUUGAUAAAAUCAUGGAGGAGCUGGGUAAAGAGUUCAAAGGCAAUGCCUACCAUCUAAUGCACAAAAACUGCAACCACUUCUCCUCCUCGCUGUCUGAGUUGCUGUGUGGACGUGAAAUCCCUCGCUGGGUCAACAGACUGGCGUACUUCAGCUCCUGCAUCCCCUUCCUGCAGAGCUGCCUACCCAAGGAGUGGUUAACCCCGGCUGCCCUGCAGAGCCACAUCAGCCUCGGCCUCCACAAAGAGGAGCAUAACGAGUCGAGCGACGAGGACCCUUCGUCCCCGUCCGGAGCCGCCGCCACCGGCUCCUCCCGCAGCUGUCGCCACACGAGGGUGUGAACUGCUCGACAUACGCUGAACUCUGCCCCCCCCCCCCCCCCCUCCCCUUGUCACCUCUGCUCGUGACCGUGGCAUUAGAAGGCUUGAACAACCAGCUGACCUCAUACUGUUUGUCCUCUGAGAAAAGAAGAAGUCCACUCUUCAUGAAAAGAGCUGCUGCCAGAGACAUCAGCCCUGCAGAGACCCUGUCUGUCCUGCAGACGACAGGAUGAUAAACUUUGACUAGAGCCCUGAAGCGUGGCUCAGAUUCCACCACAACCACUUGUAGAUCUGAAGUUUGUAGUACAUUAUUAUUGGUCUUUUCCAUGAACUUUUAAACCUUUGUCAGCCUUGUUCCCUGCCUUCAGAGCUGCAUUUGUAGAAUAACUAUCUAGACACCUGAGGCUACUUAUAGUGGCAUUACCAGAAAACUGCUUAUUAGCUCAAUUUCAACAAGUUCUCGUUCAAUAACCUCUAUGUGGCCUUUCAUUGUGUGGAACCUAAGUAGUUACCUAUGGCCAUUUUAGAGGGUUUAAAGAGGAUUUGAUUGUUCCUCAAGUUCAGUCUGAACUCGUAAAAAUGUUGCAUGUUGAAAGACUGGGACAAAAUGUCCAACUAAACUGAGACGCCACACUUCUGAUCAUAUCAUCAAGUAUUUCUCCUCCUUUUCCUUUUGUAAAACGAAUGACACAACCUGGGGCUUGUUUAAAUCAAUAAACCGGCAGUGAGCUGCCAGUGUAACCAGUUGAUAGACAGUUAUAAACAAUCAAGGGCAAAUGCUGUUCAGUUUAAAUAGUCGCUGUUUUACAGCCUCGCUCGUGCGGCCCAAUCACUAUCUGUGAACAUCUCAGAGACACAAACACAAAGAAACUCAAGCUGCUACACUGACAAUUAUUGACUUUGUGAUCCAGUACAAUUUUUGUCUACACUUUUAUAUCCAAAUAGUCUUUAUAUUACAACAAUGCGAUACGUAAAGGCAAGGAAAUGUAUAUUUACGCCCAGAGAAUGUUCCUCUGUGAUACUGAUCUUAUCGCCUUUUUCACUAUUAAACCCAUGAAGAUUAAGCAGCCAUGGAAAAGAGAAGAAGAAAAUCAGUAUUCUCCUUUAAGUUACAGAAGUCCUUAAAGAAAUAGGUUAUACAUUUUGGGAAAUAUACUUAUUCGCUUUCUUGCCGAGAGUUAGAUAAGAAAUAAAUACCAUUUUCAUGUGGGGAUUGUAAAAAUGAUUUCGCAGCCAGAAGCUGGUUAGCUUAGCUUAGCAUAAAGACUUCAAACAGGGGGAAACAGCUAGCCUGACCCUGUCCAAAGAUAGCAAAAAUCCACCCACCAGCAGACUGAAAACUCCCCACUGAACACAUUAUAUCUUAUUUGUUUAACCCAAACAAAAAAGUUGAAAACCGACAAUUUGACAGAUGUAUGUUGUUGUUUUUUUGCCAGGCUAGCUGUUUCCAGUCUUUAUGCUAGGCUAAGCUAACUGAAUGCUAGAUGAAGCUUAUCAAACUUAUUAUCUGACGCAGCAAAACAGUAGGUGUAUUUCCCAAAAUAUCAAACUAUGACCACUUUGUUUGAUUUAUUUAAACUGUGAACUGAACUAUGACAUGUUUACAGACACAAAGCAUUUUAAUUGUAAUAAACAAACCUAUUAAGAAGUUGCUCAUACUUGUGAGGUUUGUUGCAGGGAAAAGAGCAGAUACUCAUAAAGGGAAAAUAUGAUGUCAUGAAGUUAUUUGUAUUAAGCAUACAUGCAAGCAU